UUGUUGUGCUUCUUAGAUUUCUAGUUUAUUUUGUUAAUUUCUUAGGUCCUCCUUGUGUCUUGUGGUACUUUGUCUAGUGUUGUAUUCUGUGUGGUGUUCUAGUUUAUUGUGUUUCCUGUUUUAUUUUGUAGUUCUUGGUCCCUGUGUGUCUGGUUUAGUUUUGCUUCCUGCCCUUGUGUGUUUCCCUGCAUUUUAAUUGCACUCAUUUGUUCCACCUGUGUCUUGUGUUCCACACCAGUUGCUUAUUAUCCUGUGUAUUUAGUUUUUCAGUGUCCCCGCUCCUGGGUCGGUUCAUUGUGUCUCUGUGUUGCGUCAGACCUGUUCUUGUGUUCUCAAUGUUCUGUUUGUUUCAACCAUCAGAGCCAGGAGGGAUGAGUACCAAGGCAAAGAGAAAAUCUCGGACGUCCUUCGGGGCAACGUCACCGCCCUUCAUCGACUACCUUAAAGAUAUUCUGCGUCGAUAUCCGGAUGGUGGACAAAUUUUGAAGGAGCUCAUUCAAAAUGCAGAUGAUGCCAAAGCCACAGAAGUGGUUUUCAUCCAUGAUGAGAGAAGCUAUGGGACUGAGAGCCUUUGGACUGAUGGGUUGCAAGAAUACCAAGGUCCUGCUCUCUACGCCUACAACAACGCAGCAUUCAGCGAAGAUGACUGGGAAGGGAUUCAGAGGACAGGGAGGAGCGUGAAGCGGGAUGACCCAAACAAAGUCGGGAGGUUUGGAAUCGGUUUCAACUCCAUUUACCACAUAACAGAUAUGCCAAGUAUAUUCAGCUCACAGUACCUUGGCUUCAUGGACCCUCAAGAAAGAAUAUUUGGAGAGGGGAAUGUCGGCUUCCGGUGGCCUUUAGAUGAAGAAGAAUACCAAAACGCUCUCAUGACCAUGCAUGAUCAGUUUCAACCCUUGCGAGAUAUAGUUUCACUUGUAAGUGGACAAGAAUGGUCAAAAGUCAUCACAGAGGAUCAGUACUUUGAAGGAACAAUCUUCAGGUUCCCCUUGCGCAACAAAGCAUCAGAGAUUUCCGAUAAUCUGUACGACUCCAACAAGGUGGUUGAGCUUUUCGAUAGCUUCAUUGCAGAUGCAGAAUUAAGCCUCCUGUUCCUGAAAAAUGUCACCUCAGUUUCCUUGGUACAUAUCAGUGAACAAGGCACUGUUAACACCAGACUUGAAGUGAAAUCCUCAGUGCCCACAGAUGUCACUUUGAAGUCAGCGGACGAUUCACUCAUUCAAAGUUUGACAAGGUUCAAACUAAUCACCCUCAACUCAGAGGAACACAAAGAAUCAAAGUGGUUGCUGACAUCAUGCACCAUGAAAGAAGGCAAUGUGGAGAAUCUUGAUUCACUUGCAGAAAAGUUGAAAUUUUUCCCCCAAGUCGACCUGGCAUUCCCUUGUGGCGAGAAGAGAGACAGUCGUGAAAGCAGACUGAGUUGCUAUCUACCUCUUCCAAACAAUGAAUCCAACAAGACAGGGCUCCCAGUGUACAUCAAUGCAUGCUUUGGCCUCACAGACAACAGAAGACACAUCAAAUGGCAAGAAGAAGACCAGAAACAUGACGAACAUGCUGUGUGGAAUGAACUGCUUAUGAAGGAGGUGCUACCAGAGGCAUACGUCAUGAUCAUUCAGGAUGCUAUCAGACUUGCUGAAACGUCUCUUCUGCCUGUUUCUUCCGUGUACAAUCUGUGGCCUGAUGUCACCCAGAUAAGACACCGUGAAAAAUGGUAUGCAGUCGCCCUGGAUGUUCUUCAUCACUUAUUCAGACAGAAUGUGGCCAUCCUGUCUCUUGCCAAAGAUGAAAGAAAGUUUAUCACCCCAUCAGAAGCUGUGUUCUCCUGUAAUGGUCCAACAAGCUCUGACACACUGGCAGCCAUAAAGAAAACCCUGGUCUCCAGUGGGGAGAAUCUUGUCACAUUACCCAGUAGUGUUGCAACAGCAAUAAGUGAGGCAUACCCACACUUCAACACCCUUAAACAUGUGACUCCAGCUUUCCUAAGGGACGUACUCCGCAGAUAUGACGUGCACAUCCUCGCCCGAGAGGACAAGCUCUGCCUUUUGGAGUACAUUCUGAGUGAUGAGAAAUACGGAGAGCUUGAGGGUCUUCAGUUGCUUCCACUCAGUGAUGGCUCUUUCAGAUCAUUCACAGACAGAGAGGAGGACACCGCCUUGAUUGACAGUGUCACGUUUCCAAGAGUUCUACUGCCAUGCUGCAAGAAUCUCUUCAUCCCUGAUGAUCUCAGUCCAGCCUGUAGUGUCCACCUGACAGAACUGGCCAGAAAAAAUUUUUUCAAGGUCAUCAUCCUUGAUGCCAACAAGGUGGCUGAAUAUAUGAAGAGCUAUUUGCCACCCGACUGGAUGCAGAAGACAGCAGGGCUUGUUACCUGGGACCCCAGCAGCAGUCAACAUCCACCUUUAGACUGGCUCCAAGAAUUCUGGAAAUUUCUCAGCACCCAUUUCACAGAGUUAAGUGAUUUCACUGAAAUGCCUUUAAUACCGGUUAGUCCCCUGUCUCACGGUCAACCUGUGUCGUUAGCAAGGCUAAAGCAAAACACAACCCUCAUUUUUCAGAGGAGCAAACAGACAAGUUUGACAGAAAAAAUCACUCAGUUGGUGAACAAACUCGGUGGCACAGUGGUUAAAGGAAAUGAGUGGCUCAAGCACGAAGACCUGGACUCAUAUGUACUGAGCCCAUCUCCAAAGAGUGUCCUAAGAGUCUUGGCAAAUUUAGAUUCUCAGGAGCUCAUCAGAGAACUCAAGACUGCCUCCCAUGAAGCAAAAGAAGAGCUGAAAGAUUAUCUGUCUCACCUGGAUGCUCUCUCUGAUAGUGAAAGAGAUUUACUGUCACAGUUGCCUCUGUUUCAAACUAUGAAAGGAGGCUGUGUUGCAGCUCGAUCUAAACAGGGUGUGCGUCUCAUUUCUGGUCUCACAGUACCAACAGAGUUCCCUAUGCCCAAUUCAGUUGUGAAGUGUGCAACUGAAGCUGACCGCAUACUGUUACAGCUGCUCAAAAUUAAUCUCUUGGACACAGCUGAAGCAGCAAAUCUCCUCAUUGACAGUAUUGAGAUUGGGACAUGCAGAAAAGAAGAAACACAGAAAAUCAUGGCUUGGAUUUUACGGCAUGGCGAUGUCCUUUUCUCUCAAAAUCCGACCUUGAAAAGGAGAUGCAAGGACUUGAGCUUCAUUGAGGUGAAUGGGGCCCUGAGAAAGACCUCAAGCUUUUUUGAUCCAAGGAUUCAAACUUUCAAGGAUAUUUUUGAGUCCAAUUUUUUCCCUCCACCUUUUUACACUCAGACAGUGCAGAUGCUUAAAAGCCUCACAGAUCUUGGAAUGCUAAAUAAAGAAGCAGAUGUGUCACCAGAUCACCUGAUACAUGCUGCCAAACUGAUUGAAAAACAACAAGUUGACUCCCAAACAGAGGCUCUCAAAAGAUCUCAGGUCCUCUUGAAGAUGUUAGACACCUAUGACCUACUGUCAAAAUGUUCUCAUGAACAGCUUCACUGCAUCAAAAUGCUAAAAUGGGUACAAGGUACUAAACCAAAUAACGACAAAAAGCAGUGUAAUGACAAAUCCCAGACAAGUUGUUUCUUCUGUCCAGAUGAAAUGAGACAUUCUGUGUAUGAGGACAUUGUUGGGCUUGUAAUGCCUGUGGUGGGGGAGUUCAGCGAUAGAGUAAGCAACAAACUUGGGCUGAAAAACCUUCCCCCACCCGAAAAAGUCAUGGAGAAUUUGACUGUCUUGGCAUCAAAAGCAGAGAAAAUGGCUGAUCCUGACACUGACGUGAGUUUCAAAAAGACGUUGCACAGCAUUUACAGACACAUGCAGGACCACAUAUCUGAAUUUGCACAGAUAACAAACAAGGACACAUGUUGGCUCUGGUGCCGCAACAAGUUUGUAUCCCCACAGGAUUUGGUUCUGGAUUACCCACCUAGUCUAGAUCUGAGCUCUUACAUUGGAAAGGUACCAAAUGAAUUCCUGCCCUACAAGAAGUUGCUCCAGCAGUUUGGGCUAAGAACAUGUCUUUCAGAUGAUGAAAUUGUUUGCAUUCUUCGUUCUGUCCAGCAAACUACAGAAGGGAGGCAACCGCCAAUUGCAAAUUCCUCUGAGAUAAAAGUGACGAUAGAAAUUCUCAACUGGCUUUGGAGAGAAAAGAAGGAAGUUGCUGAUGACAUCCCAGUGCCAGUCCUGACAGAGGGUGAACACUACACCUUUCAACCCUUAUCAUCAGCUGUCUUCUGUGACGUAAGCAAAGGUGGGUUGAAAGAGUUCCAGCACAGCCAGGAGGACAUUUACAUCAUUCAUGAGGAAAUCCCAAAAGCCACAGCAGAAUGGCUGAACAUUCGAUUUCUCAGUUCCUACAUCCUUGCUCCAGAGUUGGUAGGAAUAGAACAGUGUGGACAAUCUGAACCUAUAACAACAAGGAUUAAAAACAUUCUCAAAGAGUACGAUGAAGAGAGUGACAUCUUCAAAGAGCUCAUUCAAAAUGCAGAGGAUGCCGGGGCAGAGGCCUGCAAGUUCUUGAUGGAUUACAGAGUGCACAAAGAUGCUCCUGAAAGUCUCAUUGACCCUGACAUGGCUCUUUGUCAGGGACCUUGUCUUUGGGCAUUUAAUGAUGAGAAGUUCUCAGGAGAAGACUGGAACAACAUUGUAAGGGUUGGCGCUGCCUCAAAGGAAAACAAGGUAGAAAAAAUUGGAAAAUUUGGACUUGGAUUCAAUACUGUGUAUCACGUGACUGAUAUUCCUUCCAUCCUCAGUGGCAACCAUCUUCUCAUUCUUGAUCCAAAUGUAACUCACCUCAAGAAACACAUAAAACACAAAACAAAUCCUGGGAUCAAACUGGAUCUUUCCCAGAAGCGACUUUUUCAUUGGUUCCCCGGCCAGUUUGGGCCAUAUGAAGGCAUUUUUGGCUGUACUUUCAACAGACAAAGUCUCCCAGAGCCCUACCCAGGCACACUGAUCAAACUACCUUUCAGAACUGAAGAAGAGGCUCUCGUGUCAGAUAUAAGCUCAAAGGUGUACCACAAAGACCAUGUUGUGACUUUUCAACAGGAAUUUACAAGGAAUUCACAAACUCAUCUGCUUUUUCUGAAGAACAUCAGCACAUUGUGUCUACAAAGUAUUGCCAACAAUGUCUCAACUCCCCCAAGAGAUGAUGAAAUAAAAACAGUCCUUACUCUUUCCAAAACCACGUUGAGUACAAUGAAGAUUCCUGAUGAAACCAGUGAGUCAAAGCAGCUUCAAGCCAAGAAAUCAUUGAAGACUCUUGAUGGAAAGUGCAGAGAGGUUAUAGACUGCUGCAAAGUCAACAUUGUCCAAAUAACGAGUGAGCAAUCUGGUGUGACCGAAGUCCAGUCAUGGCUCCUGUAUAACUGUUUUGGAACACAUCAGUCUUUGCAAAUGGCCCUGAAGGGAAACAAACAAGCCAAGUUCUCUCUACCCAUCGGGGGAGUUGCAGUGCCUCUGCAAAAUGAUCCAGAAACAGGGAAACUUGCCCCUCGACAAACAGAUCUUGUUGGACAGGCAUUUUGCUUCCUUCCUCUGUCCAUUCAAACAGGUCUUCCAGUGAAUGUAAACGGGACAUUUGCUGUGACAAGCAACCGAAAAGGUCUGUGGGAGAGUGGAGUGAAACAUGACUGGAACAAAGCCCUUCUCCAGGAUCCUGCAGUGACAGCAUAUGUUACUGCACUUUUGGAACUGAAGAAAUUGUCUGAAAACCAAGAACUGGAAAAGUACCAAUAUCACACCUUUUGGCCUGACAGAGAGAAAGUGAGUGAAACAUUCAAGCCUUUGGUGGAUGCAUUUUACAGUUCCAUUGCCCAGCCCUCCACUGGUCCAGAGCUCUUUAGCGAUGGAGAACAUUGGUGCUCAAUGAACAGUGCUGUAUUUCUGCAUGAGAGCAUUGAAGAGGUUAAAGACAUCAGUGCACUUGCUGUGCAGGUAUGCAAGAAAAAUGUAAACGGGCCCAUCCAUGUUGUCCCUCUUCCACUGUGGUUGAGAAAUAGCCUCAAACAGGCUGGCCUGGAAAGGAUCCUACAAGACAGAACAUGGACCUGGGAGAAGUUUUACCAAGAAGCAGUGUUUAACAACCUUGGUACCAUGGACCCUAAGAUUAGAGAUACUCUUGUGCUACAUGCCAUUGACCUUAACAUCAGAGAAAUUGACAAUCUCCUGGUCAGUUAUCCAUGCAUCCCUGCAAAAGGCAACCAGCUCCAGUACAUCACCAAACUUAUGAAUCCAUCAGGGAAAGUGGCCUGUCUUUUCGACCCAGAGGAGGGACGUUUGCUUGGUGGUAGCAAAAAUGACUUUUGUGCUCCUAAAAGGAUUCAACGUUUGCUGGAACUUGGAAUGGCAAAUGAUAAUCUCCCUUUGGAAGACAUUACAGAGAAAGCAGGCGACAUCACCAAAAACUGGAGCACGAACAAAAAGAAAGCGUACGGUCAUUUGAAGUGCCUUCUUGAACUCAUGAAGAAUCACAUGCUUGAUGAAGACUCCCCUCACUGGGAAACACUUAGGAUGACUGAGUUUCUUCCAGCAUUUUCCCCUGGUACUACAUUAAAGAAGAGAAAAGAAGGAGAGAAUGUCACACUCAGGAGACCCACUGAUGUUUUUAGUGACAACUGCUCCCUAUUGGUUAACAUGAGAAAACCAGUGCUGGAUCAUACCAAUCUGAAAAUACACCACACUGAUCCAGUCCUGAAAAUGUUGGGGGUUCAUGACAGUCCAAGCCCAGAGGAAGUGCUUCAGCAGCUGCAAGAAGCAUGUAAGCAAUCUAAAUCCACUGACGGAUCUAUGCUUCAGGAAAUAGCGGAUCAUUGCUAUAAGUUUCUAGAUCAGUGGCUCUGUGUUUCUGGGGAUUCCAGCUUUAUUUCACAGAGGGCAAAAUCAUUUCCAUUCAUUCUUGUUGGCAGCACAUUUGUAGAUGUGAACCGUGUGGCAGAAAAUGAGCAAUUUGAAGCGAAACCCUACCUCUAUGUACUACCACCUGCCUAUAUUUAUCAUAGGAAGCUCUGGGAAAGUGUAGGUGUUGAAAAACAUUUUACUCUAACUCAGUUUGAAACUGUUCUUCAGGAACUGCACUCACAACACGGAAACAAACCCCUGCCAAAAAGUGAUCUGUCAAUUUGCCACACAAUUUUAAACUAUGGUAUCUACGAUGCCCAAGAGAAAGCAGGAAAGAACGUUUUGAUACCAAAUGAACAUGGUGUACUACAACUUGCAAGUGAGUUGUUUUACAACGACAGCCCAUGGUUUCCAGAGGUGGCUUCAGGCGUCACAUUGUGUCACAAGAGUUUCUCACGGGAAGUGGCUCUCCACUUUGGAAUUAAAACAACCAGGCAUCAUACCCUGGAGAACUCCACUGUUGAGAACGCUUCACCAUUUGCAUUCCACUUUGAACAGAAUGAGAAACUAACCAUUCGCAUUAAGAACAUCAUUUCGGCCUAUCCAGCCAAAAAGGAUAUCCUUAAAGAGCUUAUCCAAAAUGCUGAUGAUGCAGAGGCAACAGAAAUUCAUUUUGUUUGGGAUAAAAGACAACAUAGCAAAAAUAAAACCUUUGGAAAAAGAUGGGACGAUCUGCAGGGCCCAGCACUGUGUGUGUUCAACAACAAAGUGUUCUCUGAUGCUGACCUGAAGGGCAUUCAACAGCUGGGAGAAGGAGGAAAGCACAACUCUCCAGGAAAGACAGGAAAAUACGGAGUUGGAUUCAACUCUGUGUACCACCUCACUGACUGCCCCUCAAUCCUCACAGGGGAUGAACUACUCUGCAUCUCUGAUCCAAAUCAGAAAUUCAUUGAAAGCAAUUCAGACAAACCACCAGCUGGCACUGGCUAUAGACUAAAUGACACCUUCAAGAGUAUGUACACAGAUGUCUACAAAUCAUUUCUGCCGGAGAAGUUUCCUCUAAAGGAGGGAACCAUGUUCAGAUUACCUCUCAGGAUGGGUGUGAUGGCAAACAGCUCUGAAAUAUCACAGCAGGGAGUCACUGACCAUGAUAUGAGAGAACUAUGCUCCAUCCUCUCAGAAGAUCCCGAAGGACUCAUCCUGUUUCUGAAAAAUAUCUGCAAAAUACAAGUCCAUGAAAUCAAUGAACAUUCAGAGAAACUGGAAACCAUUUACACAGUUGAAAAAAGUCUGCCACAGAGUAACAGAGAGAGGAAAGAUGCCUUUGUGCAACUCAGAUUAAAAGCACUGCAGUCAGACAAACCUACAUCACCACACAAAGCUGUUUAUGGAACCAUGAUUUCAACCUCAGACAAAAGACAAAGUACGUGGAUCAUUGCAGAGCAGUUUGGCUCACUCAAAAACAGUGGGGACAAAGCAGUAGCAGAAAAACAUCCCGAAGCAGCAAUAGCAGCUCGUGUGAGCUCAACGCUUGGUAAGACUUCAUCCACUCCAUCGUCCAACCUCAUGGAUUUUGUUGGAGUAGCCUUUUGUUCUCUUCCUCUGCCUGGAAAUACUGGACUGCCAGUGCAUGUCAAUGCAAACUUUGAGGUAGAUUCUGCCAGAAGAAGCCUUUGGAAAGAAGAUGGACAAGGUCAAAAAUCUAACUGGAAUGAAUCUUUAAAGCAAAAUGUUAUUGCUCCACUCUAUGCAGAUCUCCUACAUUGCAUCAGUUGUAAGUUUGCUAAGAAGAAGAAAAUCUCACGUGCACACAUGGAGUCAUUCUUCAGCUCAUACCUGAGUUACUGGCCAACUGUGUCCAAGCAUGUUUCUCCGGAGUGGCAUGAAAUGAUACAUGAGGUAUACAAAUCAAUCAAAGAAAAAGGCCUCGCUGUGAUUCCAGUGAUGAGGAGUUCAAUACAUAUCACUGCAGGACUAAAAAUUCGGGAAUACUCAUUUGACUGGUGUGACGUAAGAGAAACUGACCCAACCAAGGCACUGUACAUGACGCACUCAGUUUAUGACGAGAUCCAUCCCAUUUUGGAAGAACUUGGGAUGUCAUUGGUUCCCUAUUCCAUCGAAAUGCAUAAGGUUUGGAAGGGUUUCAGAGAUGCUGACAUUAAACUGAAAGAUGUGAGUCCUUCCACUGUGCAGACUUUCCUGAGGCAGAAACCUCUCAAUGAUCCAGACAAGACAGACAAGAACUUACCCCUGCACAUAACUUCAACUCUGAUCAGAGAUGAAAAAAGAUGUUCAGAGCUCUUACAUUUCUGCUUGAAAGAACUCGCCUUCAAAAAAUUAACCAAGAGCAAUUCUGGUUUACUAAAUGGGCUCCCUCUUCUCCUCACAAGAGACAAAGUUUUGCGAGUGUUCAACUCUGAGUCCCCAAAACUGAUAUCAAGAUAUGACCAUCUGUUCUCUGGCAAUGAGGACAAAUUUGCAGAUCAUCAAACCAACAGAGAACACAUUAAUGUUCUAAGAACUUUAAACUUUGUGAAAGAAUUGCCAGUUCCCUUGGCAGCAGAAUAUCUGAAACCUGGAAUUCAGCAGCAUCUUCAGAAAUGUGAAAUUGAUCCAGACAGCGGCCUCCAUGUCCCAAAUGAGACCAUUUUGAGUUGGUUGAAAUCCCUUUGGAAGUUCUUAACAAGUGGAAACAAAGCUGCAACAUCUGGAGGUGAUGACCAGUCCAAGUCACAUCUGACGAUGAGUGAUGUGAGGCAGUGCUUCAAAGACUGCUGCAUUCUGCCUGUUGUGUACCCAAGGUUAAACAACAAGCACUUGCUGCAAACAAUGAAAGAAAUGCCAAGUGUGAUUCAGUAUGCCUCAGAUAUGGACAUAUCAGGCAUUCUUUUUAGACUGAGGUUUUUGAAGCUUGACACUUUAUUCUUCUCUGAUACACUACAACCAAUGGAACGAUCACUUCUACACUCUGAACUUAUGGAUGUGAAUGACAAAAGCUCUGUGUUGGACCAGGUCUACAAAGUUAAGCACUCAGAGUUUUCCCAGCUGUCCACUGAUGACGUCAAAGAGCUUCAGACUUUCCUGCAGUCUGGAGUAGCCAAGUCCAAAGACAAACAUGAGUAUCAGAGAAAGCUGAAAUCUCUGCCAUUAUUUGAAACAAUAUGUGGUAGCCGUGUGAGGAUCGAUGGACCCAAAGAGGUAUUCAUCCUCGAAAGCACACAUUCAAAAUCAUUUCCAGAUUUGUUUCUUCUGCACAACAGUGACAGCAUUUGUCUUCGAAACAUCCCAGAAAACAUCAAGCUGUCUCAGCUACUGAACAUUCAGAUCCUGAAUGAUUUAGAGUAUUUCAUGAAGUUCGUUCUCCCUGUUGUACACAAUCUCUCAGAGAGGCAGAAGAUUCAAUGCCUCAAACUGUUGCUGUCACCCCAGCUCAAUUUCAGUCGUUUUGAGUACAAGGACAAAGUCAUCUCCUCAUUGAAGACAGUGAAACUGAUUUGCAGUUCUCAAGGUAGAUUGGAGACAGCAUCUUACUACUUUGAUUAUGAUGUCAAGCUAUUCAAGAAAAUGUUGGCCCAAGAGAGAUUUGUGCCUAAGAAAUUUUGGACUGAGCUAAGUGAUGGAGAUAUACUGACAAUGGUGGAAGCAAAACAGUUACUCAGAGUACUUGGAAUGAGGCAUGUUGUGUCAGGAGAUGACAUAAUAAAGUUUGCCAACCAGAUAGAAUCUGAGGCCAAGAGAAAUGUCCCACUCGAAGAGCUGAAAGAGAAAUCAUCAUUACUCUUCAGAGCAGCUUGUUCCAUAGUGAGUAACGAUGAAGACGAAGGAAAUUUGCUCGAGAGCAUAGCUGACAUCAAGUUCCUUUUUCCUGUGAAAAUUCGAAAGGAACUGUGCAACUAUCACCAACCAUUUGCUGCUGAGAGUAAUGCAGUGAAAAUCAGAGGGUCAUUGAUGGAAAGUGAUCCCAAGCAUCAAGACUUGAUUUGGUCAUCAAUGCCCAUUAUACAGCCUCCAAUUCAGACAAAACUCUUGAAAAAGAUGGAAAAUGCUGGAGCUCAUGAGCAACCACCUUCACAAUGUGUGAUCAGCAACAUGAGCAACAUCUGUCAGUCACCCUGUGAAACUGAGCCCUUGAUCAAAACACGUGCCACUGUGUUCAGAAGUUCAUAUGCAUAUUUACAGGGAAUCGAGUUCAAAGGCCAAGCACUGGCUGGUCUUCCUGUUGUGUUGGUUGAAGGAGACAAAGAACUUGUGAGUGCUGAUCAUACAGCUUUUUCAUUCAAAGAUCACCUCGAGUUCAGGCCUUAUUUGUUCACAAUUCCACCAAAGGAUGUCAAGUUUGAAGAGUUCUUCAAGGCAAUCGGUGUGAAUGACCAACCCACUGCACCACAAUACUGCAAUGUUCUGGCAGCUGUUCAUGCAGAUUCCCAUGAUAAAUCACAGCUAAACCCAAACCAACAGAACACUGUCAAACGUGCUGUCGAGCAUCUUUUUCAGUUGAUUAAGUCUCAAAAAAAUCAGCCCCUCAUUGAUGAUGUGACGACUUUGUACCUCCCUGCAGUCGAUGGCAAACUGCACCCUUCGAGCACACUCUACUACAAUGACACAGUGUUUGAGGCCAAAAGGUUAGAAGAUGCACUGACGGAUAAGUUCCCCUUGCUUGAGAACCUCAGUGAAUGUCAUUUGGGCAAAGACAUGUAUGCUCAUCAUCGGUUGCUGCUGUUGCUGCCUCAGAAAUUUCAGCCAAAAAUGCUGUCUGAAUAUACGGAGGAGAGAAUAGUAGACUCCAGCAUGCAGCUUUGUGAGUUUUUAACUGAUUGUGAGUUCAGUGGAUGGUUUAACAAACAUCUGUCUACCCCGAUAUUUACACAUGGACUGAUUUGUCUUAUCAGAGAGCACUCUAGGGGAGAAAUAACAGAAGAAGAUGCUGCUGACAUGUGCAAAAAGGCUUUUGGCAGUAUUCAGAUUGUAUGUUGCAAAAGCUUAGAAACAGAGCUCUGGGUGGAUCAACAGCCCCUGCAACAAACUGUUGCUGAAACAGAUGUUUUAGUCAGACAAGAGCAAGAAGGCUGCAUCUUUAACCUGAAACACUACAAUGAUUUGGAUCUCAAGGUGUUAAAUGACAUCAUCACAACAUUGUCACGGUGGAUUAAUGCGAUUUUAGGCAACAAAAUAGCACUGAAUCACCUCCCUGUUCUUGGACAAUUUCUUCUGUGUGACACUCUGAAAGAUGUUCAGAAAAUCCUGGCGAAGAAUGGGAUUCAUGACAGUGCCAAAUCUAAAAGUUUCCUCCUUGACCCACCACUUCCUGGGACAGCUGUUCCAGGGGAAUGGCACGAUUCAUUGGACCAAAACAUCCUCAAUAACUUUGAAGAAGGGGAAUAUGUUGGCUACAGCAUUGGUAAAGAGUAUAUUUUUGCUAUCAUUGUUGAAGAACUGUCUGGUCACCCUGGACAAUAUUUACAACAAUACAGAAUAGAUGUUGGGCAAGAUGAGCCAAUUGAAGUGAGCUCCAUUGACCUGUUCCAGUUUAAACGUCAAACAAAGCCAGAACCUAAAAGGACGGCUUGUACAUCUACAGAAACUUCUUGCAUGGAGUUGGAGCAACUAGCAGGAGCAGUGCCACAUUCUUCUGGUCCAUCAGCUUCAAGUUCUUCUUCUAGACCCUUGCCAACCUCUAUUGAUGAAGCUAAAAGAGAAAUUGACAGCAUUUUGGCAGAGAUCUGGACUCUUCCUGGAGAGGAGAGGCAUAAAGCCAUACGCCGUCUGUUUCUAAGAUGGCACCCUGACAAAAACCAAGGCUGCGAAUCACUUGCCACUGAGGCGUUCCAAUACCUAAUGAAUAGACUUGAUGAUCUCAGCAAAGGCAAGGGCAAUGAAAAAACUGGAAGUGCAUCUAAUGCAAGGAGCAACUCAAAUUUCAGCUACUCAGAUUUCAGCAACUUCUAUCAGGAGUGGGAUCAGGAGGCCAGGCGUCACAGGGAUGGUCGAGAGAGAUUCUCUAGACGGCACCAUUCCUACAACUUUUGGACCCAUAAUGAAAAUGUCCCGAGGCCAGACAGAGAGGAGGCCAAGCGCUGGUGUAGACAGGCUCGCUGUGAUCUCGAUGCAGCUCACAAAGACGUUGGUGUUGGGAGCACUGAGUGGUGUCUGUUUAAAGUCCAUCAGGCAGUAGAAAAGUCUCUUAUAGCUGCAGAGUAUAAAAGGCAUGGUCAACAUCCCACCAGCAGCCCCAUUUCAGACAUGGCUAAGCAAGUUUCCAAAUACAACCUCAAGCUAAAAGAUUUGCCUCAAAUUGUUCGGAACCUGACGAUGUUAGGAGUGGAUGCUAAAAAGACUCAGUAUCCCAACUGCCACCAAUAUCCUCAUAUUCCUAAUGGGCAGUUCAGAUCAGAGAAUGAAAUGCUGGCAAUAAAUGAGGCAUCUGAACUUCUCAGUAAAGUGGAGGCAUAUGUGAAUUAGAGAUACAGAACAGUCAGUCAUGUCAUGUUUGUAGAGUUAAUGUUUUUUGUUAUUUUUACUUAUUAAUAUGCUGUUAGCCAUGUUGAGUUAUUGAGACUUAAAAUGCAAAAUGACAGAGCCAGACCUCGGCCAGACUGUCCCAUGAUGAAUAUUCUGAAAUGUAAAUAUGUCUUCUAUCAGGGACUACUUUCUGAAAGUCCAACUCACAUGGCACCAGAAUAUGAUCUGAAAAUGUCAUGUGAAACCUUUUUUUUUGCAAUGCUUGAAUAUAUAUUAAAAAUGUACUCACUAAUGCCCAACAUUACAGCUGAAUGUCUACAAAAUGGAAAAUGUAACCUGUUUUACUUAGGCUGUGAUCAUUUAUAACAAGCAACACACUGAUGUUGAGAUUCCAAGGAAAUCUUCCUGAAAAUGUUUUGUCCCAAGUGUUGGGGAGAUAACUGUUGGCAAAUGUUGAACUACUUACUGUAAUUACCAGAAGACUCUUUCAGAUUUUUUUAUUUCUAUUUCAUUAUAUUACUAGCUACUACUGUUAAAGAUACUACUUGUAUGACUUUGUUAUGAAAACCCAAGUUCAGAGGUUAUUUUUCUUAUGUUUUUUAAAUCACUGUUGGUUUAAGCUGUCACUGAUAAUGCACAAGGCAUUCAGGGUUUUUUUCUUAGAAAUACUGUUUGACUGUAAUGAAAAUUGAAAAAGAAAUGAUUUUUUUUGCUCUUAUUAAUAUAACUUUUCAUUGGAGAAAAGUAAAGUCACUGUAACUUUUUUUCUGAAAAUGCAAAUUGAAAGUUGUUUUGUAUUUUCACUUUAUGACUAAUGUCAGUGUAAUCCCUGCAUAUCUUUUUUAUGGUUUGUUUUCUAUAACUGAAGAACAAUGAAAAACUGCACUUCUUUGUUUUGUUGAAGACUUUAUUAGAGUUUAUGUUUAUGAUAUAUGAGUUAUGAGUUUUGCCGGUUUAAUAAAAAGGGAAACAAAAUAAAAACUUAAUUACGCUGAA